UUAGACUCGAGUGUCUCUUGUUAGGACUAUGUGGGCUCUUCUGAGAGGACCGCCGGGCAAGAUGAUUUAGGACAUUGUGGAGCAAGAAGGACACUUCUCAAAGCGUUUUUUUUUUCUCUUUUGGAAAGAAACAGAAUAGUCCAGGCGUGUUCGUCUCUCUUACGAAAGACAUGGAAGCAUCCCCAACACACAUCCCAAAUCCCGGCCGCUCUCCUCCCACCACAGUGAGAACAGACUCCCUGCCUCCAAGGCCGCACGCCAACCCACCAUCCCCAAAUAAGACGACCCCAAACCUCUCCAUGCCAACACCAUCCUCGUCGUCGUCAUCAUGCUUCUCGGCGACCUAUCAGGCUGCACCGCGUCUGAAUUCCCGCUCCUCCUCGCUUUCCACGCCGACUUCUUCUCCGCUGCGCUCGCCUGUCAGAAGCCCCUCUCAGCUGGGGAGAGCUCAGCUCAACGCGGCCUCUUCCGUCAAUGCUGGAGCGCCGACCCCGCCUGAAACAGAGGAUCCAGAGGAGGAGGUCAGUCUUGAGGAUGUGGCGGAGAGAGCAAAGUCAGGUGAUGCUAAAUCGCAGACCAAGAUGGGCCGUGUCUUCCUGGCUCUGGCACAAGAUAGAGACGAGGAGCUGAAUAACUGCACCGCCGUCACCUGGCUGGUCCAGGCUGCCAAACAGGGCCGCAAGGACGCCGUGAAGCUGCUGCAACAGUGCUUAGGCUCCAGGAAAGGCAUCACUCUAGAAAACUACAACGAGGUGAGGAAGCUGUGCAUGGAAACACGCUUUGAGAGGGGAGUUCGGAAAGCGGCCCUGCUCAUGUACUGGAAGUUGAACCCGGAAAGGAAGAAGUCGGUGGCUGUUGCGGAGAUGCUCGAGAACGUAGAACGCGUCCGCACAGAUCAAGACAAACCGGUCGCCCCAGGCCCCCUGAACAGCUCUGCUAAGAAACAAAGGAGAGUUCUGGAGACGAUGGUGACCAGCGAGUCCGUCUCCCAUGUUGGGAUGGAUGAAUUUGUGGAGAUGACAAAGAAGUACGCUCAGGGAAUAGCGCCGCCUCCCGUCAUGGCGGCUGUAUCAACCAGCGAUGAAGACGAUGAGGACGAUGAUGUUGUCAAGAAUCCAGACGAGCUGCCCUUGCAUCAAAAGCUGCUGAAGUUCCCCCUUCACGCCCUCCUGGAGAUCAAGGAGCACCUCAUCGACUGGGCGUCGCGCGCGGGCAUGCAGUGGCUGAGCGCCCUCAUCCCCACGCAUCACGUCAACGCACUCAUCUUCUUCUUCAUCAUCUCCAACCUCACCAUAGAGUUCUUCAUCUUCCUCAUCCCUCUGCUGGUUUUCUACCUCUCCUUCUUCUCCAUGGUCAUCUGCACGCUGCGGGUAUUCCAGAAUUCCAAAGCUUGGGAGAACUUUCGGGCUCUGACUGACCUGCUGGCUCACUUUGAACCUGGUCUGGAUGUGGAGCAGGCUGAGACCAACUUUGGUUGGACUCACUUGGAGCCUUAUCUGUACUUCUUGCUGUCCGUGGUCUUCGUGGUGUUCUCCUUCCCCGUGGCGGACAAGUCGUGGAUCCCGUGUUCGGAAAUGGCGGCGGUGGCGUUCUUCUUCACGGUCACCGCCUUCCUCAGUCUCCACGCCUCCGCCAAGCUGUUCGCCCGCCGAGCUCUGCUCAGCGAGGUUCUGUCGGGGGCGUGCUCCCUGGCUCACCUGCUGCCGGACGCCCUGUGGCCCCUGAGGGUCUUGGGCAGGACGCUGGUGUCUGUGCCUCUGGGCGAGGCGUUGGCGUUGAACGUGGGCGUGCCGUGCGUCCUCUACGCCCACCUGGUCUACCUUCUGUUCCGCAUGGCCCAGCUGAGAGGCUUCAAGGGGACUUACCUGUGCCUUGUGCCUUACCUGGUCUGCUUCACCUGGUGCGAGCUCUGCUUGGUGUUCCUCAAUCACGCCACCGCCAUCGGCCUCAUACGCACCUGCGCGGGCUACUUCCUCUUCCUGUUCGCCCUUCCGGUUCUCUCCUUAGGCCUGGCCGCGGUGCUGGUCUUACAACUCCUGCACUGGUUCCUGGCCUUGGAGAUCACCAAGAUGGCCGUGACACUGACCGUCUGCUCGGUGCCCGUGGUUUUGAGGCUUUGGACGCGCUUCAGCUUGAACCCCGUCGUGGUCGUCCGCUCGCUGUCCAGGAGCAGCGUGGUGAAACUCAUCCUGGUGUGGCUCAGCGCCGUGGUCCUCUUCUGCUGGAUGUACGUGUACAGGUCCGAGGGCAUGAAGGUGUACAACUCCACCCUCACCUGGCCGCAGUACAGCGCCCUGUGCGGCCCCACGGCGUGGAAAGAAUCCAACAUGGCGCAAACCCAGAUCACCUGCUCGCACCUGGAGGGUCACCGCGUCACCUGGACGGGACGCUUCAAGUACGUGCGCGUGACCGACAUCGAGAACGGGGCGCAGGCGGCCAUCAACCUGCUGCCCGUGCUCGUAGGCGACUGGAUGCGCUGUCUGUACGGCCAGCCGUAUCCCGCCUGCGGGAAUCGAACCUCAGCGGAGCCUCGGCCGUUCCCCCCGCACGACCCCUUGUGCCGACUCAAGCCGCUGGCCAAGCACGACUGCCACGUGAAGCGCUUCGACCGCUACAAGUUCGAGGUCACCAUGGGCAUGCCGCUGGAGCGGAAGACCAGGGACGGCACGCUGGUGGAGGACGAGGACGCCACCAAGGACAUCGUCCUGCGCGCCAGCAACGAGUUCAAGUCGCUGCUUCUGCACUUGAACACGGGCAGCGUGGCCGAGUUCAGCACCGUCCUGGAAGGGCGCCUGGGCUCCAAGUGGCCCGUCUUCGAACUCAAAGCCAUCCGCUGCCUGUCGUGCGGCGACGCCCACCUGCCCCACCGCCGCCAGUACAAGAUCGAACACGACUGGCGGCGCGCCGCUCGGAGCUCGCUGCAGUUUGGGUUCGACUUCUUCUUCAAGCCUUUCCUGAGCGCACGACUACGACAGCAGUCGGACGCCGACGGCGACCUCGUGACGGAGGAGGGCUAGAAACCGCACAAAAAUAACCUCAUCCGCGGCCAAAAUACCCUAUUUUUCGGACUAUAACUCGCAGUUUUUUUCAUAGUUUGGCCGGGGGUGCGACUUAUACUCAGGAGCGACUUAUGUGUGAAAUGAUUAACACAUUACCGUAAAAUAUCAAAUAAUAUUAUUGAUCUCAUUCACGUAAGAGACUAGACGUAUAAGAUUUCAUGGGAUUUAGCGAUUAGAUUGUUUGGUAAACGUAUAGCAUGUUCUAUAUGUUAUAGUUAUUUGAAUGACUCUUACCAUAAUAUGUUACGUUAACAUACCAGUUGGUUAUUUAUGCCUCAUAUAACGUACACUUAUUCAGCCUGUUGUUCGCUAUUCUUUAUUUAUUUUAAAUUGCCUUUCAAAUGUCUAUUCUUGGUGUUGGCUUUUAUCAAAUAAAUUUCCCCCAAAAAUGCGACUUAUACUCCAGUGCGACUUAUAUAUGUUUUGUUCCUUCUUUAUUAUGAAUUUUCGGCUGGUGCGCCUUAUACUCCGAAAAAUACGGUAAUGUGUUAAUAUUUU